AUGUCAAGAUUGUCUUUCCUUUUGUUAUCCUUUCUGUUCAUGUUGAUGUCAAGACUGCCACCGUCAUCUUUCACGAGUUGCCUUGCUGCAUCCUCUUCAAAAACUGUGAAAGCCAUCCAACUCGACGUGGAACCAUACACCUUGCCCGAAUGGUCUCAAAAUCAAACACAAACAGCCAACUACUUGGACAUGAUCGAUAAAUUGAAAGCUCUCAAUCCUCCCAUUCCUCUUCGAUUUGCUACUCCUAGAUGGUUUGAUGGAAUUUCACACACUCGAAAUGGUGUGACUAAAAAAUUGAGUGAAUUUAUUCAAGACAAGGCCAAUCUCAUGAUCAUGGAUUAUGUGAAUUCAGGAACACGAGCCAUUCGAGAUGCAAAUUCUGAAGUACAAUACGCUCUAACAGUUGGAACAAAAGUCGUGGUUGGUAUUGAGACCAUGUACCUGCCAUCGGAACCGACAGCUACUUAUUUUGGAAAGUUUUCACAAGAAUUGGAAAAUGAUUUGACUUUAAUUGAAAACGUAUUUGCUGGGAAUGCUUCUUAUGAAGGAGUUUGUGUUCAUGAUUACAAGUGGUACAAAAAUUUCACACAAAAUUUCACUCAACCAUUGACAGGUCCAAAACGAGAUCUCUACGUUUGGGAUAAUUCUGUCAUUUUGAACGACGCAACACAACAAGAAUUUAUUACCGAUUUAAACAAGCUUAAAGGAAAACUAAGAACCAUUUAUUUGGAAUCUGCUACUUUGGUGAGCAACAAAAAUUAUUGGAAUCAAACCUUCACCAUGUUCCAAAAAUGGAAUAAGGAUUUUCAAGUGAACAUUGAAUUAAUUUCAGGUGAUACAUCAUGGGCACUUCCAUCUGGACAUGCCAAUGUCAUUGCUUUUGUGAAUGCAAGUAUUCAAUUUUACAAUGCAUUUCCAUCAGAUCUUGUGAUUGAGAAAUCAUCAUCUCCAACUCAACCUCAAGUUUCUUCUUCUCAAAAAGGAGGAGGAAUGAAAUCAUCCUCUCGAGUCAAUGAAAGCGUCGAGUGGAGAGGUUGUCCCACCAUUUGGAUGAUGGGUUUGUUUUUUAUGUUGUUAUGGUUGGUGGAAAUGUAA